UAUGGGACGUAGAGUUCGGUGUACACAAGAAAUUUUUAUUCGAAGGAUCUUGCCGUUAGUUUUGUGCUGUUAGCAAAAGAUAAGCGCCAUAAGUAAUGGUGUGAUUUUCGAAGCAGAGUGAGAUGUGGCAGUAGCUUCGUUAAUCACUAAAAAACUCAAAUAAAGAAAACAACGCAGGAAUAACUGUAUUAAGUUCCAGAUUGAUGAGAAUUGUUCAAACAAAGACGAAAAAUACAAGAAAGAAAGCUAUUACACAAAAGGAAAAACGAUUUGACUUAAACACAUAGAUUAAAGUGAUCAAAAUGAUGCAGCCGUCCUCCGAAUUUGUUAUUUUCGUCACCCAUGUUGAACCAGACGACACAUAUUUGAAGAUCUGGGGCCAAGUGGACAAAUCGAAUGCUGCUCUUGUGGAGCGUCAGAUAUAUUCUCUAAUAGAACAUUUCAAUCAGGGAUAUGUUUCUUCUUCCAAGGCCAAUAGAUUGAUUGGUUCACUGUGCUGUGCUCGAUUCCAAACUGAUGGAUAUUAUCGAGCAAAAAUACUUAGUAUUCGUCCGGAUAACAUGAUGGUCGUUCAAUUUAUUGAUUAUGGCAAUAUAGAGAUUUUAUCACCAAAUGAUGUCCAUCUAAUGGAGAAUAUACCUGGUUCAGAAUCUCUGCAAACUGUUCCAGCAAUAGCUGCAGAAUUCAUAUUGGCUAAUGUGAUGCCUAUAAAUUGCGUUUGGGAAAAUAGAAUAAUCGAGACGAUUAAAAGAAAUCUAUGUUACAAUGAGUACAGAGCUACAUCAGUUCAUACAAUGAAUAAUCGUUGCCUGAUAAAAUUGUGGUACAACAAUGAAGACUUUAGCGAACUAUUGGUGAAAGAACGUAUGGCUUUACCAGCUUCCAUACAAGAUAUGUUCAGACCAAAUCUUGUACUGCAACCUCAAAUACCAAUACCUCAGCAAUCUCAAAUGCCAAUGCCAUACCAACCACAAAACAAGGGAAAUGUGAAUAAUUAUGUUGCAAUGCCAAUAAUACAAAAUCCAAACAUGAAUCACAAUACUAAUAUAUAUCAUAAGACCUUUUGCACUGGCAUAAAUCAAUACAAACCUGCUGCUCAAGUGGUAGCACCACCACAGUCAUCGCCUGUCCAAGAAGCACUUGUAUUCAAAUCUCGAGUAUUAGAUAUAGGUUCCAAACAUGAAGUGUUAAUAUCGUGUGUAGAAGACGGCCCGCAAAAAUUUUCCGUGCAGGUUGAAAGCACGAAAGAUGUACUGACUCGUCUUAUGAACGAAAUAAACAGCCGUCCCAAGCAAUCGUUGCAAGAACCACCAUUGCCAGGAUCAGUUUGUUUGGGACGCUACACAGGAGACGGCGUGCUAUGUCGGGCGGUUGUAAUGUCAGUGAUGGAACAUAAAUGCAAAUUGUAUUAUGUUGAUUUUGGCCAUACAGAAGUCCUACCAUAUACCGAUAUCUUCCAGUUGCCACCUGAGUACAUUAACCCCAAAGUGCUUUCCAUUAGGUUUACAUUAAGCGGCCUAAAAGAACUGAAUGUUACACAGGAAAUGAAACAGUACUUCACAGAAUUAGUACACAGAAAAGUACUCGUUCUACAUGUCCGUCCACCAGAAGGACCGCCGUUAAUUCAAUAUGGUGACUUGUACGACAACAAUGUUAACAUAAAGGACAUGCUGAAGAAAGCAUUCCCACCGCCAGCUGCUGCAAUGCCGAUAACGCAUUCCUAUCCACAAUUACGACGAUUAUCGAAAGAUAUUCAGGAAAUUGUGUAUGUCUCUUACGUGGAGUCGUGUAAAAGAUUCUUUGUUCAACUUGAAAAUGGGAUAAGGUCCCUCGACUCAAUAAUGGCUGGCUUGACACAGUAUGCUAACACCGCAGCUGUUUUAAAUAUUGAGCAACUAAAACCAGGCUUGCCCUGUGCCGCUCUGUACGAAUCACAGUGGUAUCGUGCGCAAAUCCUUAAUAUUGUUGGAGAUCAAGUGAAAGUGGUAUAUGUUGAUUAUGGCAAUGAGGAAGUAUUAUCCAUUCUUUCGAUUCGUGCCAUUCACGACGAUUUAGUGACGAAAUUGCCGGCACAAGCUUUGAAAUGUGCAUUGAAUGGUUAUGAGGUGCUUUCAUCAGAUCAAGACGUUUCUACUCAUUUCGAAAAAUUGACACUCGAGAAACGUUUUUACAUGAAAGUAGUUGCUGCACAACCCGAUGGCCUAUUAGUGGAUUUGUUUGAAUUUGACACAAUGAGGAGCAUUCAUCCCCAACUGUUGAACAAUAUAUUCUGUGAUAAAACUGACGAUUCUACAAUAAGCUCGCGAAACGAAGAAGUUCAACAUUCUAUAAAAACAACGAAUGAUUUCCAAAGUGAAAAUAAAGACAGAUAUAAUAAGAAGAAUAACACGGAUUCUUGGAAUCAUAAUCAAAAUGCUAAGUCUUUCCAAGACAACAAGCCGAACACCUGGAGAGAUGAAUGGUCACAAGAGAAACAAUACGAUAAUAAUAGACGGGAAAAACUCAAUUAUUCACAUCGUGAUAGUCCGCAAAACGAUCGAUUCUCUAAGGACGAAGGUGUGAAUAAUAGGUACAGCAGAGAUAGAAAUGAGAGAUCGUAUAACAAAUACGAUAAGGGUGAAGCAAAUACAUUUAAUAGAGGUGCCAGAGGAACCACUCGAGAUGGUGGAAAUCGAUUUGGUGGCAAUGAACGGAGGUACAAUCAUAACAGUUUUGCCGAUAAAUCGACACUUAGCGACAAAGAUUCAGAUUCUUCAAAGGAUGGUACUAAACGUGGGAAAAGUGGUUUUAAUCGUAGCUUUAAUGAUGAUCGAGGAGGAAACCGUUUUGAUAACAAAACAGAUAAAUUUCAAACUCCAAACUGGAAUAACAAAAAACCAACUAAGCCCAUCUAUAGAAAUGAGAAAUUUAAUGGUGAUUACAACAAGAGUAAUAAUGAAUUCAGGAGUGAAAAGAGUGAUACGAGCAAUGUUUCAUAUAAUCAGAUAAAUACUUGUGAAUGGGAUUCAAAUAAUACUAAUAAAACGUUACAGAAUAAUUUAAUUGCUAAUGCAGGCUCACAAUUUUCAUCUAUAAAUAUUACUCUUGGCACCAUGAAGAAUUGCGAAGUGGUAUUUAUUAAUGAUCCGACAGACUUUUUUAUUCAGUUAAAUCCUGAUUGUUUGGAACUGGACGUUAUUGUGGAAAACAUUGCUGCAUUUUAUGAGAACGGCGGAGAAACGAUGCAAGUUUCUCAGAUACAAUGUGGAGUAUGUUGCAUUGCUCAAUAUUCGGUGGAUCUUAAGUGGUAUAGAGCAAUAAUCAAAUCUCUAGAAGAGACUAGUGCGAUUGUAAAAUUCAUAGAUUAUGGAAACAUGGAAUCAGUUGAUUUCACGAAAAUUAAAAUUAUUCAAGACGAGUUUCUAAAACUACCGAUGCAAGCGAUACAAUGUAAAUUAUUUGGACUGACGAAUAUAAACGCUAACGAAAACAAAUAUACGAUUUUCUCAGAAAAAGUCGAAGGAAAAUCGUUACAGGUUGAAUUUGUCAAUGAAGAGAACGGAGUAUACGAAGUAUUGUUACGCGAAAUCAUCGAAGGUGAACCGAACAAUAAUUAUAUUAAUGAGGAAUUUUGCGCGGGCGUAGACUUGACACAAACAGCUGCAUUAAAUAAGAAAGCACUUAAAGUGACGACACAGGAAAUACCAGUAGUUCCAGAUUAUGCUCCUUUUGAUUCGAAGUGGCAAGUAACUUCUUACGAACCUGAAUUUACAUGUGAUGCAAUCGUUACAUGGUUCAUAAAUCCUAAUAAAUUCUACUGUCAAAUAUUAACUAAAGAAGCAGAAUUUAAAGCAAUGAUGAAUGAGAUCCAAAAGACAUACGCUGGUAGGAAACCUGUAACGCAUAAAUUAGAGGUUGGUUCAGCAGUUAUAGCAAUGUUUUCUGAAGACAAGGCUCUUUAUCGAGCAGAAGUUGUAAGCAUUGAACAGAAAACUACACGUGCACAGGUGGAUGCAUAUGUAGUUCAAUAUAUAGAUUUUGGAAAUUGCGCAAUUCUGAGUCAACGUAGUAUAUAUUCUGUCGAGAAGAAAUUCAUGCAAUUGCCUAAACUGGCGGUGCAGUGUUCCUUGAAAGAUAUUGUACCUAAUAAUAACUUGAGUUGGUCCGAAAUGGACACUGAUGCACUCGAUAAUUGUUUUAAUGCUGACAAGUACGAAUGUACCUUUUAUGAUUUUAGUAACAAUAAUUACACGGUUUCAUUAACUCACGACGGACAAAAUGUGAGUGAUAUGUUAGUACAAAAAAAUCUUGCAUCCUUUGCUACAAAAACUUUUACCGAAACAGCUUGUGUUGCAGAAACAGAAGUAGAAAGAAUGGACAUAAAUCUGUUGAGUGGUCAGACUCUCAAAAUGAGAGUUUCUAAUGUAGAAAGUACACUUCGGUUUCACGUCCAGCACCCGUCAGCUUCCAAGUGUGAAAACAUUGUUGACAAGUAUAUGGCUGAUAAAAAUACAGAGGCUUUGGCGCUACCUGGAGACCUCGCGAUUAUGCAAAAUCAAGCAUUAGAAUGCUCUCUGUACAAUGUGCCAGCAUCUCCCGACUUGGACAAACAAUUGAAAGAAUUUGAAGGAAAAGAGGUACUGAUUCGUGUAAAAGAAGUUGAAGAUAACAGGCUUUUUGUAAAAUUGUACGAUUUAUCCGGCAACGGAAUAAUAAAUACAGAAGAAGAGGAUAACAAGAUAUUGCCCAUAUGUCCGCUGCCUAUUAUAAGUUCGACUCAGAAAGUGUCUGUGUCAUAUGCAGAACAUUCAGCCAGCAUCUGGUUGCAACGAUACUCGGACAUCGAGCUCGAAGCUAAACUAUUGGAAGAUCUCGCACAAUAUUAUGCUGAGCCUAGACAAAAACUGAAACCGGAGGCACAUUUAUUGUGCGCGGCCAAAUCUUUAGACAACCAAUGGUAUAGAGCGAAGAUUAUUAGCUGCACUGAAACAACGGCCUAUGUGCAUUACAUUGAUUACGGCAACAAUGAGGUACUCGAUCUAGAAUCGAUCAUGGUUUUGGAACCGCAGUUUUACGAACCUUAUAUGCUAACUAUUAAUGUAUCCUUACCCAUAACUCUUAUCGGCACCGAGGCCGAACAAAUAAAUAUACUUCAAACUUAUUUAACGGACAGAGAGCUCACAGCUGUCUUCUACAACGUACACGAGAAGUGGACUGUUGAUUUGAUGGAAAAUGAAGAAAAGUUCAGCGAUAAAUGCCGCUCACUGAAUCUAAUCAAGGAAGAAGAGACAGCGGAAAAAUCAGCGACCGACAGAUUCGAUGUAUACGUGUCUCACGUGGAUUCUCCGAGUCAGUUUUGGUUGCAACGAGUGGACAAAGUCGCCUCUCUCGGUUAUAAUCAAACACAACUUCAACAGGAGGUCUUCAAUUUUCCAACGAUAGAUGAUGUACCGGAAGAAGGCUCUUUGUGCGCCGCCGUUUACUCCAUCGAUAACCUAUGGUAUCGCGCAGAAGUAUUGGACGCGGAUGAGGACAUUACAACGGUUCGAUUCGUGGACUACGGCAACACAGAUGUUAUCAAUAAUAAGGUAGGCAACAUUCGUCAAAUACCGGAGAGCUGCAAAAAUCUAGAAAGAUUCGCGCAGAAAUGCAGACUCGAUAUUAUUCCCGUGGACACAGAGGACUGGAACGAGACGACUUGCGAGAGAUUCUCAAAUCUAGUAAUGUCGGUGGACACUCUUCAAGCUCUGGUGGUAGCAGAUACCACGCCUAAACGCGUCGAGCUAUUCAUAAACGACAAGAGCGUUAGCGAGACGUUGGUCGAGGAGAAGCAUGCCGUUAUAAUUAACACCGAGCAAGAGCCCGUGGAUGAGAUAGUCGAUCUCGAACUGGAUCCACAUUCCGCUUUCGUGUGCCAUGCCAAUUCACUGGACGAGUUUUGGGUGCAAGAAGAGAAAUCGGUUGCCGAUUUGGAAGUGAUGGCGGACAGAUUCAUGGUUGCCGACAUGUUCCCGAAGAUCGAGGACGUGAAGGAAGGUUUACUGUGCGUCGCCAAAUUUCCCGAGGACGAUCAGUGGUACAGGGCGCGUGUUAUCUCUCACGACGAUAAGGGCACGCAAGUCAUAUAUAUAGAUUACGGAAAUUCCGCGGUAUCCACUGAGAUUCGCACUAUCCCGGAUGACCUGGCGAAUAUACCGCCUUUGUCGCGAAAAUGUUGCCUAGAAUUACCAUCCCACAUUAAAGAAUGGUCAGAACAAGCGCGUGAAGAGUUCAUCAACUUGUCUGCGGAAGGUGCGACAAUUUUCUUGCUGGAUGUAUUGAAGGAGCAAGAGAAGUCAUCGGUGAAGCUAACAUAUAACGGCCAAAAUGUCGCUGACAUUCUAGCAGGUAUGUGCGAGCAACAUUCGCCGGUCAUCGAGGAAAGAUUGCCACCGCUUGGCGAAGAGAAUUCGCCGAACGUAGUGAUCAGUCAUAUUAAUGACCCAAGCGAAUUCUGGAUUCAAACCGAGAGCAAUAUGAACGAACUGGAAGUGAUGUCGGAUCGUCUGCAAGAUGCGGAAAGUUUCCUCACGUUGAACGACCUAAGCAUCGGCACAGUCUGUGCCGCUCGAUACCCCGAGGACGGAUAUUGGUACAGAGCGAAGAUUGUCCGCUACGAGAAUGCCGCAGAAGUUUUGUAUUUGGAUUAUGGAAAUUCUGCAAUUACAGAAGAGUUGAGAAUGUUACCGGAGGACAUCGUGAAUAUUCCCAUCUUAUCAAAACGAUGCACGCUAGAAAAACCGAGUCACAUCGCUACAUGGAGCGAGAAAGCUUGCGAAAAAUUCAAGGAACUCGCUGCCGAUGGAGCAACGAUGUUCGAAUUUCAGACUCUUGAUGAAGACGACCCGAUACACGUCCGAUUAAAUCUGAAUGGGAUAAACGUUGUCGAUCUUUUAUUGAGUGAAUGCGAAAACAUUCCAAAAGUUGACGAAGCUCCAGAAGUUGAAGAAAUAACUGAAACAGAAGUUAAAAAUGUCAGUCCUAAUACAGAGAAAAAUGAUGACGAGAAAGCUUCAAAUUUAAAUGAGAUUCAACAAGAACCGAAUAAUCAAAUGGAGGAACUUGAAGAUGCAAUUGAUGAAGAAGUACUUAACGAAUCUUCACUUGAAUCUUUCAAUGUAAAUAAAGAAUAUGAAUAUAAGGAAGAACAGAAUUUCGAGAAGAAUACUGCAAGUCUUAGCACAAUCGAGGAAAACAUAAACGAGACUACUGACACAAAUGAAAUAUCAGAAAAUAUCAGCACUAUUGAAAUUAAUAAAGAUUUAGAUAUCAACGAUAAAAUGAUUUCUACAAACUUGGCUACUAACGCACUGUGUUUUGAAAGAUCUUCUCCCGUAACAGAACUUAGUGUUGAUGAUAUAAUUGAAAAUAUGAUAAAAAAUGCCAUUGAUGAUCGAGAAUCGCGAGAAGUCGUGGAUUCGAAUUUGUUGGUCAGAAAUGAAGAGCAAUCACAGGCUGCUGCUCAAAUUGAUACCGACGAAUUACCUUCUCAAACACAAUCUGAAAAUAUGAAUAAAUCUUUAGUGACGCAAAUUCUGGAAAGGACAAUAAGCGAUGUCACCGAAAACGUAGAUUCGAUAAAAAUUUCAUCGGAGGAACAACUCCAGGAUAUCACACAACUUGAUACUAGUCACAUUGAAGAACAGAAGAUACAUGCUGAGAUGCAGUCUGAUGUAAACGAGCCUCCAGAGCCUCAAACUUCAGAAACGAUACCAGACUUGUCGGAAGAACAGCAAAUUCCUAAAAGUGUGAACGAUGCUUCUAAUUUAAAUGGUACUCAUAAUUUGGAAACGCAAUCCGAAAAUAUAGAUACGGAUAACAGUUCGAACACUUCCUCAGGAUCGGCGUGUACGAUAAAAACGGCGGAAUCUGUAACUAAGACUGAUCCGGAUAAGCAAAAUGAUAAUUCGAGAAGGCCGUCAAAGGACGAAACAACGCCCAGAUGUACUUUGACAGACGAAUUACCUGCAUCUGAUCCGGAAGCGCAGCAUCCUGUCGUACAAAAAAUACCGCAUUCGGAAAAACUCGUAACCGCUGCCGUUAAUCCCAUUGUACAAACGGCCACCGAUAGCGCGAACCAGGACGACGAGGCCGUUGUGGACAACAUUCCUAAACAUACGGUAUAGCUUUGUAACUUAGGUAACAUGUUGCAAAUUCGAAACAACGCGACGCAUGAUGUGUGUUCUUUGCAUAUAAGCUAGUAGAAUAGCUAGAAGCGCUAUAUUGGUGCAUUUCUAGCAAAUACUAGUUUAUUCAUUCUGAUACAAAAAAGCACACCGUGUGACAUGAAUUUUAUAUACAUACGUAUAUACAAAUUUGCACUAUAAAAGUUUAAACAUAUAUAUAUAUAUAUUUAAUUUU